AUCAAAACAUUAAAUUUACUCGAAAGAAAGCCGCAAGUUAAAACAUAAAAUGAGUAGGCAAUCACAAACAGAAUCCACAAGACUAUUCGAUAACUCUGUAAGACAAUGUGUAAGGUAUGUGUUUUGUCGCGAAGCUGAUAAAAUACCCAUAAAACGAUCUGAGAUAUUGGAGCAAAUUGCGCCCGAAUAUAGGAAAAAAUCGAAAAAUGUUUUAGUUGAAGUUGAAAAAGAAUUAAAACGGGUGUACGGAUAUAAACUUGUAGAAAUAAAAGAUAAAGAUAAAAUCCUAUACAUUGUUGUGCUGGAUGAAGCAUGUGACUCUCCACCUUCGAGAACAACAGACCUACUACAGAAGAGGAUAUUGUCGGGGGCUCUUACACAUAUCUUCAUGUCAGGAAGACCAGUCAAAGAAGAUGAUAUGUGGAGUUUCCUAGAUAAAUCUGGUUUACUCGCAGAAGAUAACAUUUCUGGAAGAAAAUUACUAACGCAGCAAUUUACAAAACAGUUGUACCUUUCAUAUUCAAAGAUGGGGGAAGGUGAACUAGCUAGGUACGCAUUUGACUGGGGUCCAAGAGCUAAUCAUGAAUUGCCCAAGAAGUUCAUACUGCAAAAAGUUGCAGUAGCAUUUGGUACAGAUCCAGCAUGUUGGUCGGAACAAUACAAAAGAACACUGGAAUAAAUCAAGAUCUACUUGUACCUUGAAUAUAAAAGUAAUUUUUCAAUAAAGUAGAUGUGAAAUGAGUUGAUCCAUGAUGAUAACAAUAUUUCCUCAUUUUAAUAUUAAAUACGGUACAGUAUAAAAUACAGUACUACAGAAAAUAUAAAAAAACGAUUUGUUCAUCAUUAACAAUAAUAAUGGAUUGUAUUAUAUUAAAAUAUUAGUGAAACCUGGACACACUAUUAACUGUAUGAAAAUGAGAUCAAAAUAAUGCAAAGUUAAUUGGAGUUUACCUCUUAGGAGAUUCAGUUGUUGCCUACAAUUGUCCAAUAUCUUUAAAAUCUAAAUAUUCACUACUCUAGGACUAAAAAAAUUUAUAAUCACUAUUUUCUA